UAAACACGUUGUGUGCAACUGGGUACAUGUAAUCUUGUGCCUGGUCGAUCUAAUGAAAUUUUAAUUUCAACGUGUGUGACUUUUAUUUCAAAUUUAUGCGACGCGACGUUUAAUUCGUAUUUCAGGUCACUUUGCUAAGAAUCCGAUUUAAUGCGGCGAGAUGAGUUUGCUAGUCAACAGAUAUUUGAAACUUGUCACAUCCUGACGUGACGCACAAAUUAGACUGAGAGGCUUAAAUCGUCGCAAACAUUACAAAAAUGUAUCCUGUUGAUCUGACGAAGACGAUUCCACCGGCGACUGCCGAUAGAAAAGUGUUCCUGAGCGACGCUGACCUCGAUAAGAUCGCUUUGUUCCUUGUUGGUAAUCAGCAACGCUUCAGAGAAAACAUUAUAAUCCCCAGAACGCUAGGACCUGUGCAGAUAAAGACCAUCGAGGAGAAGAGAAUAGACAGCGUGAUGGAAAGCUGUGCUUUUAAGAGCAUUAUGAGUUGUGUUCUCGGAUAUGGUUUGGGAGCAGCCAUCGGAUUAUUUUCUUCCAGCGUGAAUCCUAACGUAGCGAGCGUUGAAAAGCAACAGAGCGCACGAGAGAUAUUAAAGGAGAUGAAAAUCACGACUCUUAGCUACGCGAAGAACUUUGCGGUUGUCGGAUGUAUAUUCUCUGCUAUCGAGUGCACAAUAGAAUCGUACAGAGGUAAAACUGACUGGAAAAACGGCACAUACGCAGGCGGUUUGACAGGCGGGUUAAUUGGUUUAAGAGCUGGUAUAAAAGCAGGCAUAGUUGGUGCCGCAGGCUUUGCAGCAUUCUCAACAGCGAUAGAUUAUUAUAUGCACAGAUCUUAGACUGCAUAGUACAGAUUAUUAAAAGAUAUAUAUUUGUAUAAAAGAGAUAUAAAAAUUUAUCUAAUUACGUAUCUAUACAAUUCCUGUAUAAAAACAUGGA